GCCUGGAGGCUCGGAGGGAAGCGGGGAAGGCGGGGCUUGGUCCGCAGCCCACCCUGGGGCCUCUGGCCGGGGCAGCAGGAGGACUACAUUUCCCAGAGUCCCCCUCAGCCCGGGGAGCGAGCCAUUGGGAGAUUUAAAUAGCCCAGGCCCAGGCAGGCCCGCAGCUGUGGGCUCCCCGCCUCCCCGGUGGCUCCAUUGGCACCGCCGGCCUCGGUGGGCUCCAUUGGCUGCCCCGCUGGCACUGAGGUCCGGAGCCGGUGGCAGCGGAGGUAAACAGCAUGUGCGGGGCCCUGCUCUGUAUUUAACGCGGGGCAGCGCGGGGAGGUGGCCCUCCGGGGGCAGCGCGCCUCGGGGAGAAGGCCCUCGCCGCCGGCGUCACCAUGCCAGGCUCCCAGAGCCGGGCCCGGGCCCGGGACCGCAACAACAUCCUCAACCGGGCGGAGUUCCUGUCCCUGAACCAGCCCCCCAAGGGGGUCCCGGAGCCCCGCGGCAGCUCGGCCAGGAAGGGCUCGGGGCCCUCGGCGCAGCCCCCGCCGCCCGGCGACGGGGCCCGGGAGCGGCGCCAGUCCCAGCAGCUGCCCGAGGAGGACUGCAUGCAGCUGAACCCCUCCUUCAAGGGCAUCGCCUUCAGCUCCCUGCUGGCCAUCGACAUCUGCAUGUCCAAGCGGCUGGGCGUGUGCGCCGGCCGGGCCACGUCCUGGGCCAGCGCCCGCUCCAUCAUCAAGCUCAUCGGCAUCACCGGCCACGGCAUCCCCUGGAUCGGCGGCACCAUCCUCUGCCUGGUGAAGAGCAGCACGCUGGCCGGCCAGGAGGUGCUCCUGAACCUGCUCCUGGCCCUGCUCCUGGACAUCAUGACGGUGGCCGGCAUGCAGAAGCUCAUCAAGCGGCGCGGCCCGUUCGACACCAGCCCGGGGCUGCUGGACUACCUCACCAUGGACGUGUACGCCUUUCCCGCCGGCCACGCCAGCCGCGCGGCCAUGGUGUCCAAGUUCUUCCUGAGCCACCUGGUGCUGGCCGUGCCGCUGCGCGUGCUGCUGGUGCUCUGGGCCCUGUGCGUGGGGCUGUCCCGCGUCAUGAUCGGGCGGCACCACAUCACGGACGUGGUCUCGGGCUUCGUGCUCGGCUACCUGCAGUUCCGCCUGGUGGAGCUGGUCUGGAUGUCCUCCAACACCUGCCAGAUGCUCAUCUCCGCCUGGUGAGCUCCUGGCUGGGCUGCGGCCGCGGAGGACCGUGCGGCCCCAGCUCCCGGCGGCGGCUGGCGGCCCGCCCCUUUCCAGGCCCCCGGGGACGGCCCUGCUCGGCCUCUGCUCUGCAGGUGACGGGUGAGAACCAGGAAGACGGCAGCGGGACCUCGUCCCGUCCUCUCAUCACCGUGACUGUUGAGCUCCUGGCUGUGCCCAUCAGGCCACACCGUACAGGACCUGGCAAACACCCCCCGCCCAGCACCCAGCACAGGGCCGCCCCGUCCGAAGGUGCCCGCCGGACGCCGGCCUGGGAGGCGAAGGGUUUGUGGGCGAUGCUGCCUGCUCUGCCCCGGGGUGGAUGGUCGCAGGUGUCAGUGUCACAAAGGCUCUGACAAGGCCUGCAAACUUCCUGUGGAGCCUGUGGACCUCGCUCCCACGCUGAUCUGACCACAGAGCCCUCUGCUCGCGGGAGGGCUGGGUCCCCGGAAGAACCCUGCUUCCCUGAGCUGUUUUGGGGGACGCCGCCCAGAGCUGAAGGACUGAGGUGACCCAGCCGCUCCCAGUGCUGGCCAGAGAAACGCCCGCGGAACACCCCGGCCUGUGGGCAUCGGUACCACUUUGGCCCCCAGGGGCCGGACUCCGUGUGACCUAAUAGGUCGUUUCCACGUCAACGUCAUGUAUGUGCAUUUCAUGUGACAAUACAGAUGACAUGCAAGGGGA